UGAAAGGAAGAUGGUAGAAUUUUUCGCAGUAUGUUUGCGAUCGCAUUUUGCUAUUCAGAUAUGCUAUUUUACUAUAGUGAUCUAGGCAGAAUUGUCGCCUAACUUAUGUACGAUCAGUUUAUUUCUUGACAGAAUGGCAUGCGUUCUAAACAGUAAUCAUAAUGCAGAAGAAGACGACAGCACUAUUGACUGGCAAUUACCAAUCUCCUUCGUGAAGAAGCGUCAUAUAGAGAAAAUUGAAGGUGCGAAUGCCAUAACACAGACAUGGCGAAUGAAAGAAAGGAUGAAAACAGUGAGCGUGGCCCUUGUUUUAUGUCUCAAUGUUGGUGUCGAUCCUCCUGACAUCGUUAAGACACAGCCAUGUGCUCGACUGGAAUGUUGGAUUGACCCAAUAUCAAUGAGUCCUCAGAAAGCUUUAGAGACAAUAGGUGCCAAUCUACAGAAGCAGUAUGAACGGUGGCAGCCACGAGCUAGGUAUAAGCAGAGCCUUGAUCCUACUGUUGAGGAAGUGAAGAAACUGUGCACAUCUCUUAGACGCAAUGCCAAAGAAGAACGAGUACUAUUCCAUUAUAAUGGCCAUGGUGUUCCCAAGCCAACAUCUAAUGGAGAGGUUUGGGUGUUUAACAGGACAUACACCCAGUACAUCCCACUUUCAGUCUAUGACCUUCAGACUUGGAUGGGAGCUCCAUCUAUCUAUGUCUAUGACUGCUCCAAUGCUGGCAUAAUUGUGGAUUCAUUUAAACAGUUUGCUGAUCAGCAUGAAAAAGAAUAUGAGCAAGUAGCAGCACAGAACAGGGGCUCACUGAAUUCUCCACCUACCUUUAAAAACUGCAUCCAGUUGGCAGCUUGUGCAGCAAAUCAGAUCCUGCCUAUGAACCCUGAUCUUCCUGCAGAUAUCUUCACAUCUUGCCUUACCACUCCAAUCAAGAUUGCACUGAGAUGGUUUGUGAUGCAAAAUACUUCGAAGUUGGUUCCAAAAAUAUCAGUGGAUCUUAUAGAUAAAAUUCCAGGUCAGUUAAAUGACAGAAGAACAAUGCUUGGAGAAUUAAAUUGGAUCUUUACAGCCAUUACUGAUACCAUUGCCUGGAAUACAUUACCAAGGGAUCUGUUUCAGAAACUCUUCCGACAAGAUCUCUUGGUUGCAAGCCUGUUCCGGAACUUCUUACUAUCGGAAAGAAUUAUGAGGUCAUAUGAUUGUACUCCUGUUUCAUCACCAAAAUUGCCUCCAACAUACCAGCAUCCAAUGUGGCAAGCAUGGGACCUUGCACUGGACCUGUGUCUAGCUCAGCUACCAGCCAUCUUGGAAACAGAAGAUAAAUUUAUUCAUUCACCCUUCUUCGAGGAGCAACUGACAGCAUUUCAAGUUUGGUUGACACUUGGGUCAGAGCAGCGCAGUCCUCCAGAACAACUUCCCAUUGUUCUGCAGGUACUGCUGAGUCAAGUGCACAGACUGAGAGCACUUGAGCUGCUGGGCAAGUUCCUGGAUCUGGGUCCCUGGGCAGUGAACCUGGCAUUGUCAGUCGGCAUAUUUCCCUAUGUGCUGAAGUUGCUACAGAGCUCUGCAAGAGAGCUCAGGCCACUCCUUGUUUUCAUCUGGGCCAAAAUUUUGGCUGUAGAUAGUACAUGUCAGGCUGAUUUAGUCAGGGAUAAUGGACACAAAUAUUUUCUCUCCAUCCUUCAAGAUCCUUCAAUGCCGGGUGAGGACAGGACAUUGGCUGCAUUUGUUCUGGCAAGCAUUGUUAAUGAGUACUUACAAGGACAGGAGGUGGCACUACAAGGAAGCCUUGUGUCCAUCUGUCUAGAGCAGCUAGGAGAUCAGAAUCCUCUUCUUCGUCAGUGGCUAGCUAUUUGUCUUGGCAGACUGUGGACAAACUAUGAUAAAGCUCGGUGGUGUGGUGUACGAGAUAUUGCACAUGAAAAGCUCUACUCUCUACUGUCAGAUCCAGUACCAGAGGUCAGAGCAGCUGCAGUCUAUGCACUUGGGACAUUUAUCAGCUCGGUGACAGAACGUAGUGAACAUGCCAACAACAUUGAUCACAGCAUCGCCAUGACUCUCAUUAACACCGUCUCUCACGACAUGAGUCCACUUGUGAGGAAGGAACUUGUGGUUGCUCUGCAGUGGAUGGUGCUGCUGUUUGAGAACUCGUUCCUCUCUGUGGCUUUCCAGGAGGAAGGCAAGACUCUACAAAUGACUGUUUUGGCAGAUAUCAACAUGUCUCCAAUCAUGGGAAUGAGACGCAUUGCAUCACGAGACAGACUGAAGAUGCUCUCUCCUGGAUGCCUUUAUAACCCAGAUGGCAGCAUCGGUCCUGUGCCAGUAGCAAAUACAGAUGCCUUCCAGUCUAAUUCUGACAGAAUUAAACGUGUAUCAUCAUCAUCAUCCAUCAGCAGUCUUGGGCAUGGACAGCUCAGUAGCUUACCAAAUCUUUCCUAUGGCAGCAUCUACAUGAAGCUGUGGCAUGGUUUAAUUACAUUAGAUUUGGAUCCACACCCAAGUGUUCGUCACAUGUCUUACACAGUUACCAACUACAUCCGAGACCAGGUGAAAGAUUCAUCAAUUCCGAAGGAAGUAAAUGACACUAAAAUGUCAUCAUCUUUAUCUUUACCUCCUUCUCCAUCUGGUCGACCAACAUUCUUAGCAGGUGAAUCUCCGCCAACUACAAAUUCAGCAUCAGAACUCCAUCGCCUUACAGCAUCCCGAUCAUCACAUCUGACAACUCGUACUCGCAAAAUUAUGCCCAAUACUAUCUCUGAAGAAGAGAAUGACACCAAUAGCAACCGCAAACCUCUAGUGACAACUCAGUUUGUUGACUGGAGCUGUAAAUACUUUGCUCAGCCUGUGAUGAAAUUCCUUGAAGACAAUGAUGUCGAAAGCAGUAUACAUUAUGAACGGGAAUGGAGGUAUCAGCGCAACAGUGCACUUCGCUGUGAAGCAAGAGAUGAACAGCGGAGAAUAGCUACAGGAAGACUGGAGUCUCAAGUUUUUAAUACCCGGUGCCCCAAUCCUCCAUCAGUCAUCCAGUUUCAUCCAUAUGAAACAUAUGUUGCUGUUGCUGGUAAAGAUGCUUUCAGUACCUGGGAUUGGCUGUCUGGAAGUAAACUUAGUUCCUGUGCAAAUCGUGGCUCAAAAGUCUCCCGCAUUACAUCACUGCAGUUUGUGAAUAGCCAUGAUGUUACACUUCUCCUGGUGGGUUCAGAUGAUGGAACAGUGCGUCUAUGGAACAACUUUACACUGACACAGCAAGGGUGUGAACCAGGUUUGGUAACAGCAUGGCAAGCCCUGGCUGAUGUUCAGCCUGUCUCACGCUCCCUCAAUGCUGGUGCUGGUGCAGUUGUGUUAUGGGAGCAGCGAACACAGAAUGUUGUAGUGACAGGUGAUGUGAGAAUAAUCAGGAUAUGGGAUGCAGAGAGUGAACUCAAAGUGCAGGACAUUCCAACUGGUGCUGACUGCUGUGUCACAAGCAUUUCCACUGAUAUUUCAGAAUCCCAUCUGAUGGUCGCAGGAUGUGGAGAUGGCUCAGUACGAUUGUUUGAUCGCCGUUUGUCACCUCAGGAGGCACGGGUUAUGACAUGGAGGGAACAUUCAGUAUGGGUUGUAGAUGUUAACCUUCGCACUAAUCCCCAAGGCAGUGGGAAGGCUGUUAGUGGAUGCAUGGCCGGGGAUGUAAAGUUGUUUGACCUUCGGAUGAAUUCUUCAGUGGCAACUUUUGAAACAUCUCAGGGAAUGACAGCCAUGGCGGUUCACACAGCUGCUGACACAUUUGCUUGUGGCUCUGUGAACCAGUACAUAACUAUCUACGAUAUGGAGGGGUCAGCCCUUAACACGAUAAAAUAUCAUGAAGGUUUCAUGGGGCCAAGGAUUGGUCCUGUUAGUUGUCUGGCAUUCCAUCCACACCGAGUGUGCCUGGCAGCAGGAAGCAUGGACAGCUCUAUCAGUGUAUAUUCAAUUGACCCGAAGAGAUGACCUGCCAAUCAGGUCUCCCCUGUAGCCAUACAGUUGUGGUGAGACAGUGGGGGGACUGGUAACAGCAUUAAUUACAGGAUGCCAAGAAGAAUAUCUGAACCCAAGGGAAGGAAAAGGAAGCUGAAAGAAAACUGAAUAAUGAAGAGCUUAAUGAAUUUUACCCUUCAAUAAAAUAUGAAAGGAUAAGACAAAGAUAACAAGGAUGGGGUAUCUAGCAUGUACAGAAGAAAUGAGAAAUGCAAACAAAACGUUAAUAUUAAAGUGGAUCUUUAAUAAACAGGGUGCAAGCAUAUGGACUAAAUUCAUCUCUCUCAGAAUAUGGUCCAGUGAUAAGCUCUUCUGAACACAGUAAUAAACCUUCAGGUUUGAUAAUAGCAAGGCAUUUCUUGGCAAGCUGAGCAAUUAUUAGCUUCUUAGGAAUGACACUUCUCCAUGGAAUUUAUUUGUUAGCUGUCACUAUUGAUUCAAAAUGAAUGCAAAAUGUGAAACCAUGUUAUCUGGGUUUGUGUACUGAGGAAAUCCGUUGCCUGUUUUGAUUUAAUAGUUGAUGAGAAUAAUAUGAUGUAGUUACUUCCGUAAUGUAAAAAUAUCCUGCAUAUUUGAAUUACUGGUAAUGUGUAGUUUCUUUGGAAAAAAUGUGUCAUAAAGUGGAGAUUUAUGAAAUCAUGUUAAUAAACUUGCUAGUCUGCAUUCCAUGCUAUUUUAACCAUGAAUUCUAAUUUUUAAACUGUCAUAUUACAAGGACUAAAUAAUGCAGUAGUUCAGUAUUAAACACUAGUUGAAGAGGCCCAUUGAAGAGUCAGUGGGAAGUGUCAUACAAACUUUAUCACCUACUUUCUUUCUUUCUGUAUUUCUUUCCUCUUCCUUUUAUCUGUCCUAGAUGUGAAAGCACAUACAUGUCAAGGCUGUGUGAUGUUUAAUGCCAUCUAUCAGUGACAGACUAAUUACGUCCUCUCUGAGUGCAUCACAUAUAUGCACACAGUCAAUCAUAAACAGUCUCCUGUCACAUAUGAAUGUAGAUUUUUGUAAGAAGUGGGUAAACCUCAGUUCACAUAACACAAAAAGAAAUAUGAUUGAUGCAAACCACAGUGCAACAAAAUUUAAAAAUUCCUGUUUCAUUUCAUUGCAUUUAUACAGCAUAUGCAGUAUUUAAGUUUAAUAUAUGCCAUAAUGCAGAGUAGCAUGUUAAAGCUGCAGUCGCAUAGUACAUAAGUAGAAAGGUUCCUGUAGCCAGAACUUGUCACACUGUAGUGAUGUCACUGAGCUGCAUCUGUAUCAUGCCAGGCACACAAAUUGUUUACCCUGUCAUGAUCAUAAAGUGGGACUGAAAUUGUGUGAGUAGUUCCUUACGAAACACCUCUCACAAAGCUGCUCAGAGUUGCAUUAACCAGAAGUUGUUUUUGUUAUAUUGAGCUCUACAAUUAUGUUUCCUUUAAGAAAAUUUUGUAAUGGCAUAUUGAAAUACAUUCUGACUUAUAAGUUGAAGUCUGUACAAGAUUAUAUACCUGUUCAUAAAAGUUUGUAGUUGUAAUUAGCUUCAUUGUAUACAGUUAGCUGUAUUUAAUAUCAACACUUAGAUCCAGUAAUGUGUAUGCCAUUGCCACUUUCUUCAUAAGUACAGUAAAGCCUUAUUAAUGCUGUCACGUGUAUGGGGUAUGCAUGACAGGUUCUAGUUCGGUUACAAGUUCUCUUGAUCACACUAAAUUAUAAUGCUAUCACUAUUCUACACACUUUCAGUUCACCGUUGCACACGCACUUGGAUUCUCCAUCUUCACUAGUUGUCUCCUGGCAGUGGAUCUCAACACAGAAACUAGCACUUCAAAUCACUAUGAAAUCUAUUUGUUAUUUCACCUUCAAUCACUCUGAAACCUCAGUACUAAAAAUUAAUUGAACAUAUAUAAUUUUUACUGUCAACGCAAUACUUUAUUAUUUAUUUAUGUAUAUAGCACACACUACAUGUUUCAACCUCAAAUGGGUCAUCUUCAGGUGCUACAGGUUUCUCACAUACUCUUACCAAACUUCAAUGUUAACUUUCUGAUUUUUAUAAAUGGCUCAUACAAGUUAGUUCCUAUUGAAUUCACAAACUAGACAAAACUUGUAAGAGACUUGGGUUAAAAUUAACAAUAAAAUAUAAUAAAAUAAGAAUAAAAGUAGUACAUAUGAUAAAAGUCUUAUAUGUAACAAUACUGUUAGUUCCUUGGAACUCUAGCCAUGGUAGAGGGGUCAUACCAUCUCUCAUGGAGUGGGGGGAGCAGUCUUAUCAGCUUAUGUCAGUGUGGGUACUACCAGUUUGGAAUGUAGUGUCUUGGAGUGUGGUCAGGUGUAUAGUACUACUCCUGGUCUCCGUAGGUAAUGUUUUCUGCUCGGGGAGUAGCUCAGAACGUCACCACAGCAAGCGUACAGCUUCACGUGCUCCACAACAGCGUUUGCCUUUCCUUGCGGCUAAAGUUAAAAGCCACUAACUAUACAUUAAACCUAAUUUAAUAAUUAGGUGAUCCUAACUCCACAAUUUGAUAUUUAAAAAUGAUCUUUCAAAAUGUUAUAAGAUGUGAGUAGCUUCAUGUUAGUUACUGCAGUAGACCACGCCUAGGCUUUGUCAAAUUUCUUCUAGUGUUUGCUGCACUGGCUCGCCAUGUUAGUAUCAUAAUGUUACCAUUUUCCUAGAGAAUAGAUCCCUCUUCUUUCAUGUUGUCGGGAGCCAGUGGUUAAUGUGUGCUGUUUACAUUAUGCGGUUCAUUGCAGUGUGUGGUUCAUACUACAGUAGUAAUGUAUAAUAAACUUGACAAGACCUCAUUUGUUUUAGGUUGACUGAGAAAUAUGGAAAAAUUCUGUGUGUGUUGUUUAGAAGAACGCAGUUUAAAGAGGUUGUCAGCACAUAGCACUAGGGCAUAUCAUUUGAGGUUCUAAACAGGUCAGAUGUGUAAUAACUUGAUACCUCUUGAUACAGUGAACUCCCCAUUAUCUGGCAUAUAUGGGGAAUAGUGUGUCCUGGGUAUGUGAAUCUGCUGAUUGCAUGAGACAGACUUUUACAGAUACCCAAUAUAAAGACAAAACAGUAUACUUUUGAUUUGGUUCUUGUGUCAGAGUUUUCCUAAGGUAUAUAAUAGAUUGAUGGGUCAUGAAUGAUGUUGGAUACAUGUACUGUAAUGUGACCAGUUCUGGCCUCUGCUGAGGACAGAUCAUGGUUAGCGCUGCUAAUAGCAUCUAGAAGAGUCAAUGUAUGCACUUAGCAAAUUUGUUUUUGAAUAAAUUUAUAUAAAUGGUAAA